GGUACCACAAUAAAGAGCUCUUUGGCCCUUGGCUCCUUCGGCAGAUUAACCACAGCCAGUAUGAAGGGGUUUAUUGGUUGGAUGAAGGCCGCACACUCUUCCGCUUGCCAUGGAAGCACCUAAGCAUAAAAAAGUGUUGAUGAAAAGGAUUAUGCAAUAUUCAAGGCAUGGGCAAUUCAGAGUGGGAAAUAUAAUCCACUAUGCGAGGACCUACCUACUUAUAAAACCAACUUUCGCUGUGCAUUAGACACUGUCCAAUCCAGGGAAAGAGAAAAAUGUUCACCAAAGUUAAAGAUAAUUCACGCGACGAUCAAGAUCCCCAUAAGAUAUUCAGGUUCAAUGGUGUCCAUGAUGAUUAUUCCACAUCUGUAGAUCCUCCUGCUGUAUCUCAUUCAGGCACUGAAGCUGAAAAUUUUCACAAUGAGAUGCAUGAUGAAGACUAUAGACUGCGUAUCAGCCCAGAUGUUGAGCGUUCCACCCCAUUUAUCAACAUUCAAGGAUCGGCGGACAUUGAACAACGGCUUCGUAAUGUUUUUUUGGACUCAAAUGACAAUGGUGCACAGCAAGUGUUACAAAUCCCUCAGGAUGACUAUUCACACAAUAUACCAAGGGUGGAUCAGGUUUUCAGAGAUCCUGUAUAUGACCCAAAUUUAGCUUUGGCAGAGCCAUAUAAUAAUGGAUAUGAACAACCCUUGUCAAGGAACCACAGUCAAUUCUUUCGUGAUCAAUAUUUACAAUCUCUAGAAUAUGACAUGUAUGAGAAUGGACAUUUUGAGAGUCUUGCAGAAGUUGACUCGGUCUUCCAACAAACAUCUGCUUGUCCCCAACUGCAGCCAGCACCACCAGUGAGCACCCUUCUGGAAACUGUAUUUGAUGUAGUGCAAACACGCCCACGUGUAUUCUAUCAAGAAAGUACACAGCAUAUGACGAAGAAUGAAGCCACUACCCAUUCCCCUAAUUAUGCCGGUAAAAUUAAUGGGGAAAAGAGUGCAAUGCUGUCCCUCACAGAAUAAUGCUCCUUCCACAUUUAAUGAGCAAGAAACUGCUUCUCAAGUAACUGCGGUUACCUUGAUUCAUCAAGAAAGUAAGAUGCCAAAACUUACAUCUUGGGAAGUGACUGUGUUAUAUCGAGGAAAAGAGGUUCACAAGCAAAAUGUAUCAACAAAGUUUUAUAUUAACCAUAUAGGUUGCGUUCCUCAAAUUGAGGUUGCAGAUAUUGUCACCUUCCCUCCUACUAGUGACCAUCUGGUGGACCAGGUACAGAUCCAUUAUACUGACAAAAUUCUAAAUUCUGUUGGAAAUGGACUUUUACUUGAGGUUAAUCCUCAGGAUUUCAAGUUGUAUGCCACAAGAAUGGGCAACUCAAGAGUGUACUGGGCCAUGUCAGAGAGCCUGGAAACCAAGAAGAAUGUUUCAGAUGAGAAGAAGUUGCAUAGAGAUGUUCAAACAGAAAUAUUUGAUUUCAACCAGUUUAUGCAAGAACUGAAUGACUACAAGGAUCAUAAGAGACCAUCACCAGACUACACUUUAUACCUGUCCUUUGGCCAAUGUCUGUUUCAGCCAAUAAAGAAAGCACUGGUAUUGGUAAAGCUUGUUCCAAGUUUCUGCACCUUCUUGCACCAGAUUGCACAGCAGGAAGGCGCUUCUUCACUCCACAAUGAACUACUUAGCCUACAGAUCUCAAAUGGAAGUUCUUUCAACAGCCAUGAUAUACCUUGCUUAAUGGAUUUUGAUCUGAAUGAUUUCCCCAACUUGUUUUAA